AUGGAGAUCGGUAGCAAGGCCAUUGUCUUCUACAGCGACGACACAGUGUGGCAUGAACGCAUCAUACUGCUCCCUUCGCAGGGUGCCAACAUCUACUGGAUCCUGACUCCAGAUGACGACGUCUACGAGGAGGACCUCGGAGGCAGGGCUGCAGAUGGACCAUCCCGAGUCCGCGAAGUUCCUGAAGGUGUCAGAACGCUUCCGAACUUGAGGGUUGCCGUGUACCGGUUUCGGAUGGAGUUGACAGAAGCUAUCCUCCGAGAUAAGGUGCGUGAGGCGCUACGUGGAUAUGAGGAGAGCUAUGGGCCUCAUCCGAGGCAUGCUUCUUUGAGGGUGCGGCUGCCCGGAGGAGAGCAGAGGAUGCUGAUGGAUUGGCUGCCUAGGCGGCGGAUCACCCGUCAAUGGGCAGCGGAAGCAUCAGGGGCCGCAGAAGUCCCGGCCAUCGCACUCGAGCCGGACGCCGAGGCCUGGGUGGUUAUCUAUGCUUCGGAUGGCAACGGCAUGGGUGAGCAGGUUACGCCGCCAGCUGCGGCGCAAUUGGUCAAGGUGGGUGGUCGGGCCUACAAGCUCUUCGCGCGGGAGAACGAGGUCGUCAUGGUUCAGGGCACCAAGGCCGAGCAGGCGCCGGAUGUGAGUCGUCUGGCUAGGGGAUCUGGCAAGGCGCAGGGCUCCGAGGAGAAGGACGUGAGAGUCCUGAGCGUCAUGUUUGACACGGCUGAUGAACGAUGGCGUUCUCUGCAGGAGGCUGUGCCGGACUAUCUAGAGGUCGACUUCGACGAUUUCCCCCUUCAGGGGCCGCGGACAGUGUUUCGUGACGCUCGGCAGUUGAGGAGGCUGGGUUUCGACUGGUUGCAGCAUCACGAGUCAUGGCUGAAGAAGAGCGGAGUCAGGCUGACCGACAGGAGCGUCCACGAGCACUCAGCGCUGUGCAGGGUCUUGAAUCUGAUGACGUCGUAUGAUCAGCUGAACCUGCCGUCGCUUGCCAGCGCUGAGGCUUUGAACCGGAGGCGGACCUUGAUCGAGGUGGCUCACCAAGGGAGGCCGGAGGCUCCUUCAUAUGAGGGGGCAGAAGAGAUCUUGGGGGUCCGUGAGUCGGCAGACGGCUCGGUCAUCGACCCGGCGCUCACCAGGCAUGCUGCCCGUCGACAAGCCGACCGUGCAGAAGUCCUGAAGCAAAACAGGCUGGCAGCCGAGGAGAGGCGACAUGCUCUGAGCCGUGGAGAUGGUGGCGAAAAACCUGACAAGCCGGCGACAAAGGAGACAAGACAAAGAGCACCCCCUGAAGCAGGGGGCCGCCUGGGCCGUGACAGCGCCGUGGCUUGGGCGGGGGAUCUUUUUAGCGCUGCAAAGUUUUCCAAUGGACCCUGGGAGCGAUUUGGGGAUGUUUUUCCUUUACCCCUACCUCGUGACUUGGGUUAUGCCGGCGAUGUGCACAGUCUACGCUCUAGGCGGUCCAGGCAACGGGUCCACAAGAGGAGGACUCUUGUGGAUCGUGAGCGGGGCAGCGUAUGGGCUUUGAACACGCUGGCUGGUUUUCCUGAUGAGGCGGGAUGGCCGUCGCACUGUUUAAACCGUGCUCAGGAGUCUGUAAUUGAGAGGGUGAAGCGGGCUCACAGGACUCGCCCUCCCCCACUCGAUGAUGCAAGUCCUCAGGCAGCGCUUCGGCAGCUGCUGAUGAAGAAGGCUGGGUCGGCCUACGGGGUGGAUCAGCCGGGACAACUAGUGUCGUAUUCGAGGGAGAAGCUGUCCAUACCACGAGAUCAGCUAACGCCAGUGAACUUGGAAUCCAUUUUGCCAGAGCGGGAGCGAGAGCAAUUGGCAGACUUUGAGUCCCACAUGCUUUUGGAUGAUGAGAGCAUUGCACUUGUCUUGGAGCGAGGGUUUCAGGGAGAUUGCCAUCUUGACCCCGUUCUCGCACAUGACCCUCAGAAGUAUCAUGAGCUCAUCGGUGAUCUGUACCAGGCGCGGCUCAUCAGCUUCACUAUGAAACCGAAAGUGCAGGUUGGGCUCUUCUGUGUUGCAAAGAAAGGCGGUCGACAAAGAUUGAUCGUGGAUGCCAGGAGAUCGAACAAACUCUUCGCUCCACCACCUUCUACAGUGUUGGGCUCAGUGGAUGCUUGGGCGCGUCUGGAGGUGGGCGGUGAGUCUGAAGUGUUCCUGGCGCAGGAGGACAUAAAAGACUGCUUCUACCGCUUAGGUAUAUCACAGAGGCUCGGAGAGUACUUUUGCCUUCCCGAAGUUGAUCCUGAACUUCUGCGACAGGCGAUUGGUUUCAUGCCGGAGGAGCUGCAGCGGGUACUCGAUGAGGACAGCGGGCCCGUGUACCCCUUCUUUCAAGUGCUUCCGAUGGGUUUUUCGUGGGCUUUCCACUUAGCUCACCAGGCACAUCAGGAGAUAGCUCGAACAACGUUGCCAGGAGUCCCGUUCGCGCGCGAUCGGCGUGCAGCUCCUCGGCUUGGGAGGCAAGCAGGAGAGCAAAGCAGAGCGCUGCUAGUGUAUGCCGACAAUGCAAACCACUUGGGGGUGAAGCGUGAUGAAGUCGGCGAGGACCAGCGCCGCUUGAUCGAAGCUCUCCAUGGCCAUGGCCUCAGCACACACGAUGUCAUGGAGCCGGCUCAACUGGGGGAAUCCUUGGGGGUUCGGAUCGAUGGCUUUAGUGGCAAGGUGGGGCCAACAGCGAAGCGAGACUGGAACUUGGACCGGGCGCUCAUGGCCUGCAGCUCAAGGCCGGCCAUAUCGGGCGAAGAGUUGCAGGUCAUCAUUGGUCAUAUGACAGUGCGGUCUUUGUUGCACAGGGGCGUGAUGGGGAUCCUUCGCCAUGCCUACUCUUUCGUCGAAAGCUCCUAUUGUCGGAGACAACGUUUGUGGCCCAGUGUGGUGCAAGAACUCGAGCUUUUUCGCAAUUUGAUGCCACUUGCAGUCGGGAGUUUGAGAUCCUGCUGGGCUUCCGAGGUCCUGGCCACAGAUGCGUGUCCGAGCGGAUACGCAGUUUGCAGGACCGAGGCAGGUCCUGCCGAGGUUGCUGCAGUAGGGCGGGAAGAUGAACGCUGGAGGUUCCACCGUGGGGGCCCCGAGCGUGCUCCACCGAGAGCCGCAGCCUUGGACACCGCUCUGGUUUUUGAGGACCCUUUGACGGUGAAGCCUGAUGAAGUAGCUGGGGAGGUCCUCAUUGAGAAUCCUGACUUUGUUGAGGUCCCGAGAAGUCUUCUGCAUCCAGAUCGCUGGCGGCUUCUUUGGAACGCGCCGUUCGGCGGGAAGGAGCCGAUUCAUGUUCUUGAGUGUCGGAGCAUCCUUUCUGCAGUGAAGCACAUGUGUCGUGAUUCAAGACGCCACGGGCAGAGAGUGUUGGUGUUGAAUGACAACAUGGGGGUUUGCCUGGCGGUGCAGAAGGGAAGAGCCAGCGAUUUUAGCCUCUUGCGGCUGAUCCGGCGCAUUUCGGCCCAUUGUCUCGCAUGCGGCUUGAGGCUUCAUGUACGGUGGGUGGCCUCAGAGCACAAUGUAGCUGACAAGGGCAGCCGCGCUUGGGAAGGACACAAAGGGGAGCGAAGCCAGAAUGGCAACAGCAGCAAAGAAAGCCAGGAGGGUCGUUGCGGUCUUCUCGAAGGCGGAGGCCGAGAAGGCAAACCAGAGGAUGGCAACGUUGCAUGGCGACACUUUCGAAGAGAUCGGGAGGUCGGCUGGGAAGAAGAGAUGCCGAAGUCCAUCGCCGAAGCAAGAGCCACUUCGAAGAGCGCAGAGGCCAGCAGGUUUGACGAGCAUGUUGAGAGCCAGGCUACCGUGGGCGAGUUCUCGAUCCUGGAGCUGGGGAGCGUGAAGGCAUCAACUCAGCGGGACUACGAGAACAAGCUUCGCGGUUUCUACGACUUCGUGAUAUUCCAUCAGCUGGAGACAAAGGGCGAGUGCCAGCUCGACGCGGCGCUGUGCGACUUCGCAGACAGCCAGUUCUUGGAUGGAGAAAGCUGCAACUUUGGCCAGAAGCUCCUCGCUGCCUUAGAGUAUCAGCGGCCAGAAGGAGCCAGGGAGGGGAAGCUUCACCUUCCCCGGUUCCACCGGUGUCUCAAGGGGUGGAGGCGCAUGGCUCCCACACAAACACGUUUGCCGCUCCCAGAGUUCAUGAAGUCCUCGAUCUCGGGGGUGAUGAUCGCUGCUGGUCGGAAGGAGAUGGCGCUCUUCAACGAGGUAUCGUUCAGCACGUACGGUCGGCCGGGCGAGUUGCUUCGCAUGAAGGCGGUGGAUUUCGUCUCCCGCAACAACGAGUACAAUCACUCCGUCCUGGUACUUUCGCCCUUCGAGAGGGGCGAGGGGAGCAAGACGGGUGUCUACGACGAGGUCCUCAUCUUGGACGACGUGAGGGCGCCUUGGUUGGAGAACCUGAUGAGGUGCCAUGUGGAUGCCCGUUUAAAGGCCGGAGAGGAGGUGGACAUGUGGAGCUUCAAGGCGUCGGACUUUCUUCAGACAUGGAGGAUGGCCGUGGAAGCGCUGGAGAUCCAGGAGAUCGCCCUCAGCCCCUAUCAGAAUCGCCAUGGGGGAGCAAGUCGCGAUCACUUGAUGCAGUUGAGGAGCAUAGGCGCCAUACAGAGGCGGGGUCGAUGGGCUGUGGAUGCGAGUGCGAGGAUCUACGACAAGCCAGGGAGGCUCCAACAGGUCCUGAACAAGUUCGGGAAUCGCUUGCAGCAGUAUGGGGAGACGGUGAGGGUCGACUUUCACCGCUUGUACCUCAGUGGAUCCAGUCAGCUGCCGGCGCGAGUGCGGGCACGGAUGAGCAAACUGCUGAAGGGCGACACCCGCGUCACCGUCGUGAAGGUGGACAUGUGUCAGUACGGGACUCAGUGGAUGAGGCCUACGAAGUUAAUGGUCUGGAAUGUAAACAAGUUUGACAUGCUUCGAUGCCGAAGUCGUGGAGUUUGUGACAGAACCAGCAAGGCACAUCUUGUUCUCACAGGCAUCUCCGGCAAGCGCUUUCUCACAGAGCACGCCCAGGUCCAUGACUACAGACUGACACCGAUGCCGGUGCUCUUUCAUGCAAAAUCGGUGGAAGUGAUGCUCGAUGGACACAGCAAGGUUCAGAACAAAACUGUGCUGUUGCAAAACGUGCCCGAUAGUCAAGGAAGUUUGGAGGGCGAUGCAGAGCGUGAGAGCGCGAAUGAAAGCGUGCGACAGCGUGAUGGUGAGCGGCGCGAGUGUCGGUGUUCGCAGGCGCAGAGUGCGUGGGUCAUGGUGAUAGCACGUAAGAGCAUGAUCAGCUAUGUGAACGUGAGUGCAAUGUUCAGUCUGAAUGCGCCGGAGGUUGCACGUGCCGGCGUGGGCCGGGUAAGGGCGAGGGCAUUGGUGAGUGUCAGUGCGCGCGUGCCCAAUUUGCAGAUGGCGAUGGUGAGUUCGAUUGAGUAA